UAUAGGCUGGGCGUGUGGAAUACUGGAGCCAGUUAUAAAUCAGAAAGUACAGGCCUUUAAAGUGCGGUCCGGUGUCCCCUUUUCCCGUAACUCUGCAUGCUCGUCAUCAGCUUGACAGCUGUCGUUCAUCGUUUUUCCUCUGCAUGGACACACCCGGGCACCUAACUGGCAACCCAGAGCCAGACCCAUCCGCAUGUUAGGAUGCUCCAUUUGCAGCACGGGGAGGCGGGACUAAUGAAAGGAGGCGGAGUUGUCAGAUUGCUCGCCCAGUUGUGAUACGGGUAGGCGGGGCUGGUGAAAAAAGGAGCAGGGCGGAGUCAAUGGAAUGUCAGGAUGCUCCAAUCAGAAUGCAAGAGGGUGGGUCUAGGGGAUAGGAGGCAGGGUGGCAAAAUUGGUACAUAAGACGUGGGCUAGUGGGAGAAAUGUCUAGUGGCGCUUCCAUCUGUCCGUCUGUCUCCCUCUCAAGUCUGUCAUGCUGGGCUACAGCUUCCUGCUGGCGGCGCUGUUGCUCUGCCUGCCUGGGCAGUCUCUACAAGGAGGAGUUCGGCCACCAGGGGGCCCUCUAGGAAGAGCCUUGCCUAGCAGAGGGCUCGGUAUUGGUGCAGGACCCAGCGGGGGUGGAGUUAAAGCUGGAGGGGCCAGGCUUCCGUUUCCACAGCAGGGGGGGCUGGGUUUUGGGGGCGGCCCUUUUGGAGGGAGGUCUGUUAAAGCAGGUGGUCCCUACCCUGGAGCCCAGCUCGGGAGAGGUGGAACAGGAGCAGGGCCCUGGCAACCAUUCGGCCCCCAGGGAGGCUUUGGUGCUGGACCCAGCCUGGGGAACGGACUGGGCGUGGGGCAGCAACUGGGAAAGCCACGCAAAGGGUACGCAGCUAACGGCUUCGGCUAUGGUGGAACUUUGGGAGGUUACGGUCCCGCAGCCGGUAUCUUUCCCAGACCAGGACUGGCUCCGGGGGCAGGACGUGCUGUGGUGCAAAACGGACAGGGGGCAAAUGCAGCUAAAGCAGGUUACGGUCCCCAGCCUGGAGGUUAUACAGGAGUGACACUUGGAAACGGCUUUGGCCCAGGUGAGGGGGCUGCUGGAUAUCCUCAGGUUGGGAAAGCUAGACCAGCAGAUUUUGGUGCUGGCCAGGGCGUUUUUCCCGGGGCAGCGCUGGCCAAUGGCUUUGCACCAGGGCUCGCCACCGGCCCCUACGGAGGACAGGGCCUGGGACUGGGGGUCCAGCCUGGAAAAUAUGGGGGUGCCGGAGGUGGACCAGGUGUUGGAGUUGGUGGUCCCCAGGCUCACCUGCCUUACGGGGGCCAGCCACUGGUGCCUGCUAGGCUGGGAGGCAAUGGCAAGGCGGUCGGCUACAGUCAGGGACAGUCACCGUAUGGAGCUCAUCCCGUCCAAUCGGUGGGGCUGGCUGAUGACCGGGACCUAGGUGGAUUGGGCAGCGAGCUUGGCGGCGGACUGUUCGAGUCCAGAGCAGGGAAACGCGGUGGCGUGGGGCAGCUUUACAACGGUGCCCCAGUUGUUCCUGUGGCACAGAACGGAAAUGGGGGCUAUCCAUAUGGUCCCCAAGCCUUGGCAGCCAAUGGGAAACCAACAAGCAAACAUGGAGAUGGAGGGUACCAGAAUGGCCCCGUGCAACCUGCAGGAUACGUCGGACUCGGUGAUGGCGCAGGCCCGUAUGGUGGCAAGGAGAGCAAGUAUGGACUGAACGGAUUCUUUGGAAAUGGAUAUCGAGGCUAAUAUCAGCGUUCUGCCCGAAUCAUGUUUUUUCUGUUAUUUGUCUGUUUUGUUUUUUUGUAUAUUUUUGUAUUCUUUUCUACCUUUAACAACCAUUGAUAUUUUUGUACGUUUUUUUGCGAACCCCUGUACCAAUUCACUUAUUGUCAAGUUUUUUGGCUCUUACUAAAGUUCAGACAGCAACCGCAUCCAGUAUCUGACUCCUGGUGUUUGUUCGUGCGGCAUCUGAAAUUAAUACAAAGUUGAUUUGUCUAGACAGUCACAGACACACAGACACAGGUUUGUAAUCAUGUCUUUGUGGGGACUUUCCAUUCAUUUCUAUGGGGGAAACUCUAAUCGCAACAUGACAAACUUAACCCCUACGCAGCCCUAACCUUAACCAUAAGUAACCAAACAAAGUAUGAGACUAUUGCCAUUUUUUUGUUUUUUUGAUUGCAUUCACAGAUCUUUGUGGGGACCUGAAAAGUGGUCCCCACAAAGUAAUAUAAACCAAAUCCACACUGGAGCAGCAUGUGGUUCAGUAGGCCAAGCCUGUGUGCCUAUAAUCAGAUGGUUGCCGGUUCACACCCAGCCUCAGCACGUCUGCAGGUCCUUGAGCAAGGCCCUUAACCCCCAGCUCCGUGGGCACCGCUACAGGUGGUAGCCCUUCGCAGACAGCUUACUCACAAAGAGCAAGUUGAGGGAGGCGUAAAGACAAUUUCCCCACCGGGAUCAAUUAAGUAUCAGUUAUUACACACACUCACAGACCUUUAGUAUUGUGCUUUUCUGAUUGGUCAGCCUUGCCAUUCAUUAUGAACCCUUAGCCAAUUCAAUUCCAGUUCAUUUAAUUUUUAUAUAGCGCACUCCCCUACCUAACGUCCCCUACAUGCUUGACAGGGAUUUAACAAGGACGACACAAUCGAUGUAUGUAAGACCUCAUCUUAUACAAUGAUAAGACGUUGAGUGGAAAGUAAGAGAGAAGACAAGAGAGGACAGAUCAAAAUGUUCUUGGGGGUGAAGGGCCGUCUGGUUCGCCGACGCUUGCAGGGCGUCAGAAAUCUGAAGGUCGGUGGCAUGAAUAUCACGCCCACAAUCUACAUGUUAGCACAUGAAUAAAAGAGUUAGAUACCUGCGCGGAACGUAUCUGAGCUCGCCGGAGAGAGAGUGAAACUGAAACUGUACUCUGAGCCUGGUAAUGCUAGAGUCCUUGACAUAACAUGAGCUUUUUAUGGUCAUCAGUGAUUAUCUUGCUGUG